CUUCAAAGGACCUGGAUGGAGUUAAAUUCGCAUGCCAACGUGGGAGUGCUGAAACGUGGUGUAAUAGCUCGACCAGUUCAUUACGCGCAGACGCACCAUUCAGUUUUACGCGCCUCUAUAUAAAAUAUGGACAAAGGCUCACUUGUUUAACUUUUCAUUUUGUCACGUUAUUCAUUUUACUAUAUAUUUUUUUCUUUAAUUUUCAGAGCGUGCCUCAUAUGACGAAAGCAAAAGUCGAGGCUAGUUCUCCGGUUCACGCGCUCCUCCUAUCCGGCGCAGUUAAAGCAGAAGCGCACAAGAUGAACCAAAUCAAACCGAAAGACGCGCAUUCACAACCAAAGCGAGACACGAGCAGCAGCCGUAAGGAGGUCAAACGCUAUGAGAAAGCCAGGCGAUCGGCUCCCGGGUCAAUGAAGAGUCGAAACAAACCCUCCGACCGCAGGACAGUCUCAGAUGCCAGCAGCGCAGAUGAUGGUUUGAAUAAAGACUCUGGUGGAAAGACGGACAGCAGCUCAGAGACUUCCGAUUGCACUUCGGAGGAAAACAGAGCAGCUAAUAAUGAUGUGCAGAGCAGCAGCUUUGAAACAGACAACGGAGGCGCAGAUGCUAAGAAGACAGAGGAUUGUGGAGGAGAAGUAGCCGAAGAUUGUCACAGCACCCUGACUCCAGUACUUGGUGUAGCACAGAGAAGCAUUUCUCCCUUCACCUCCAUGGACGGCAGAUGGAAGUUCAGCGCGUCGGGAACUUUGGAGUUCAGCAGCGACGGAGCGCAUGAUGAUCUGCUGAGGGAGAUCGACGACUUACGAUCAGAAAAUGAAUAUUUAAAGGAUGAGUUGGAGGAGCUGCGCUCGGAGAUGAUGGAGAUGAGGGACCUUUAUAUGGAGGAGGACAUGUACCAGCUACAGGAACUCAAGCAGCAACUGGAACAGGCCAACAAGAUGUGUCGCAUCUUGCAGUAUCGCCUUCGCAAGGCUGAGAGGCGCAGUCUACGUGUUGCCCAGACUGGCCAGGUCGAUGGCGAGCUUAUCCGUACUCUGGAGCACGAUGUCCGGGUAGCAAAAAACGUGUCCCUGCGCCUGCACACUGAGCUUGAGGCAGUGCAAAAGAAGAGCUUGCGGCUGGAGUGGCAAAACGAAGAGCUGCGGGAGCGGCUCCAGAAUCUUGAGGUGGCAAAGCAGGUCCUGCAGGCAGAAAUGAACAAAUCUAGAGAGUUGUUUUCACAGAAUUCCUUAAAGAGGAGAAGUUUGAGAUCUGCUGGGAGCAAGAGUGAAAAGAAGAUUUCCCCACAGGAUGAUAGUGCAGAUCUGAAAUGCCAGCUACAUUUUGCCAAAGAGGAAUCAGCCCUUAUGUGCAAGAAGCUGACUAAGAUGGCCGAGGAAGGUGAGACCAUGAGAGAGGAAUUAUCCAAGUACAGACAGCUUUAUGGCGAUGUUGAUGCAUCUCAGGCUGCAGCAGGGACCAUUAACUCUGUCCACGCACGUGAAGCAGAGGUCAAAGUUCAUCUUCGUCUGGUGGAAGAAGAAGCUACACUGCUGAGCCGACGGAUUGUGGAGCUGGAAGUGGAGAAUCGAGGGCUGAGGGCAGAGAUGAAUGAAAUGCAAGAGAGAGCUGGAUGGGGCCAAGAAGAGGAAGACGAGGUUAUAGAGGGCAAAGAGAAGUGUCUAGCUACGUCUUUGUCUGUAGGGAAAGAAAAAGAGGCCAAUGGUGUUACACAUAAUGGACAUCCAGAGUCUGAAGAAAGAAUUGAAUGCAAUGGUCAGUCACUGGGCGUAGUAGGAGUAGAAAACUGUCCAUUAAGUCACAUCCUUAGAGAGGAGUCAAUGGGUGUGGUGACAAACCAUCCUCAAGACCAAAAUAUAUUUGAUGAGAAUGCAGAAAAAGAGCAGGGUUUUACUGCUAGCCUGAAGAACCUAGAAACCCUGCUUGCAAUCCGCGACCAGGCUAUGUUAGUUAGAUCCAUUAUCCAGUUCCUAAUCCCACCAGCAAAAAAUGGUUUCUCACCAACGUCCAACCAUAACUUUAUCUCUAGCCACCCUUUCGUCAGUAAAAUUGAGGUUGAUUCUCAUUGCCUGAAUAAUCCAUGGGUUUUGGAUCCCAUGAUGAGUCCCCUAACCAGUGGACUGGAGGUGCUACAGGCCCAGUUACAUAGCCUUGUUGCAAAGCUAGAUGUUCUGGUAAUUUCUGUGCCUAGUGAAAAUGGUCAAGAUACAAAUGUAGAAAAGGUGCUGGAGACAGUUGAACAAGAAGCACAGCAAUGUCCUGCUGAGAAAAAGUCCUGCCAUUCCAGCAGCAAUGAGGUGCAGAUUUGUAACCAAGCCAGUCUUGAGCUACUCACGGUACAACUCCGCUGGUUCCUCCAGAAAUGGCGUCAAGGGGAGAGACCAUCUGGAGAAGACAAGAACCUGUUUGAGAUGGACUUCCAGAAAGAUCUUUAUCCUCAAAUGAAGGCUGACUUACUGGGAUCCAAAAAUACCUGCAACUCAUUUAGAGAAGCAAAACCUCAUGAAGUGUGCCACAAGCAGUUGAGCAGUACUCUUCUGUCAGAUCUGACGGCAACACUGCAGGAUCUAUGUCGUGAGCUGCAGGAAGAAAACCAGGCUGGCCAGCACAUUGCGCAACAGUUUGCAGAAGCUAAAGCAGCAUGGACUGUGGAAUGUGCAGAGCUCAGGAGCCUCAUAAGCAGGCUGGAGGAGCCAUCUGAGGCAAAGGAUUCUCCAGAUGUAAAUAUGGCAUUGCAGAAGGAUUAUUUUGAGGAGCUUCAGAACCUUUUAGAUGAGUCCCAUGCUGCAGUCAUUGAUGUGACUAGACAACUGAAAAUGUGUGAGCACAACUGGAACGUCCAACCUCAGGAGAUCCUAACAUAUCUAAGUGAAGUCCACCUGGACUGGGGCAAGCAAAGCAAGAACACUGAGGCACUGAAGAGCCCCCAGAAAAGAGGAGAAACUGAGAGAUUGACUCAUCAAGCUGCUCCAUCAACACACAGGUCCAACAAGAAUUGGAUAUACCUCAGCCAAGAGGCUGCUUUGGUGGACAGAGAAGAUCCAUGGAAGACCUGGGAUUGUCCCAUCAUGCCACCCAGCUUCUCAAGUUUGAAUCUAAUGCAGACAACAGCACAGAAGAGCCACACAGCUCCAGAGAAAACCACUAUCCGUAUAUACUAUAGUCCCCCAUCAGCCCGCAGGAUUCUUCAAAAUGCUGUGCCAUUUGAAGAUGAGAACAAAUGUGAGAAGAAACAGGAGAAAGGAGAACCACACUGUCACCACUCUAAACAUAUAAAUGAAAUGAAUGUCUGUGAUACCGGACAGGGAACUUUACCUUUUCAGUGUCAGAGCAUAAUAGAGCAGGGUCCAUUUGCUGUUAUUAGAUCCAAUUCAUGUUCUGGUAUCCAGUCCCCUGGUGUUUCAUCUUCAUCUUGCUUGCCUUUCAGUGGAUGGGAGGUCUCAGAAAAUCUGAGUGAUGACAUGAAAGAAAUGACAGCUAGUGUACGUGAAAGGAAGAGAAGGAGUAUCUUGGGUAGCCACUCUGUUGGAGUAAUCAGUAUAGGAACCCAGACUCAUACCCAGCCACAGAUGAAUAGUGUUGGACUUCAGACUGACAUCUAUCAAAGUGUGUGUGCAAGCAAACACCGGUCUCUGAGGGUCCCCUCAUUUGUGUCUGCCCGCUCCCAAAACAUUUCAUCUUCCUUGGAGAGGAUGCCUGGGCCAUUAGAAAAGCCUCCACCUUGCUCAGCUUCACCCAAACAACUGAGAAGGCACUCCACCUCAUCCCCCUUUUCCUCCAGCUCUUCUUCUUCCAACACUACAAAUUCCUCUUAUUCUUUCAACUCACCUUCCUCAUCCUCAUCAUCAUCUCUGACCAGUUCCUCCAGGUUGGAGCUCCCUAAGGAUAUUAGUGUAUGGGGUCUUCCUCAGUGUAGUUCUAGCAACAUGAAACCCAGUUCAUCAUUCGGAGGUAGCAGUGAGAAGUCUGCUGGCCGUAGGACUGCAGGGAUCCACAAGUAUGGCCUGGUUCAAGAGUUUUUCCGCAAUGUGUGUGGUCGUGGCGAGAAACCAAACCCACCAAAUCCAGGAGGGGAGAAAGUGCCAGAAAUACGCAGGGAUCGUGCAAGUUCAGCAAGAUUAAAGAAAACAGAUGGACCUCCUUCUCGGAUUCCCACAGUGCCAUUGGGCAGGAGUGACAGUGUCACCAGAAUCGUUAAUCACAGAUUUAUGAAACAGGGUAGGAAGGAUGAGCCACGACCAACCCGGACACAAACACAGGGUCAGUGUCAAAACCAGAUCAAGACACCCAUGAGUAAGGGCAAGGGUUUUGGCCCUGCUACUCUGGAGGAUGGCCCCUGUGGCUGCAGCUCUCGAACUCUAGCUUCCUGCUUCGCUCGAGUGUCUCGCACCAACCUUCGUCAUGCCCACAACCAUUGUAAGCUCCACCCCACAGCAGCUUGUGGGAAAGGGAAUCUGCUUUCUCAGUGAUGGAACGGCAUCACCAUACACACUGAUACCAAUACACAGCUGACAGGAUACUUUAAAAAAGUGGAGCAGCUACCUUUUAAAUGUUUAAAUGUCUCAUUGGGAUAUUUUCAGCCUUUUCCAUUAUUUUGAAGACUUACUGUAAUACAGCCCCAUUCCAAAAAAGUUGGGACGUUGUAUAAAAUGUAAAUAAAAACAGAAUGCGAUGAUCUGUAAAUCUUAUAAACCCAUGUUAUUCACAGUAGAACAUAGAAAACAUAUCAAAUGUUUAAACUGAGUAAAUGUACCUCUAUAAGUAAAAAAAGAAGGCAAAUUUGGAUUUGAUGGCCGCAACGUGUCUCAAAAAAGUUUGGACUGGGGGUAACAAAAGGCUGGAAAAGUAAGUGUUACUAAAAUGAAACAACUGGAGGAAUAUUUUGUAACUAAUUAGGUUAAUUGGCAACAGGUCAGUAACAUGAUUGGGUAUAAAAAGAGUAUCUUAGAGAGGCAGAAUCUCUGAGAAGUAAAGAUUGGAUGGAAUCUGGAUGUUGCUCUAAAACCUGUAUAUACCUUUCAGCAGUCAUCAUGCAUUUCCAGAUGUACAAGCUACCUAUUCCAUAGGCACUAAUGCACCGCCAUACCAUCAGAAAUGCAGGCUUUUGAACUGAGCACUGAAAAAAAGCCAGAUGGUCCCUCUCCUCUUUAGUCCUCUUUAGUUUAGAGGAUGCUGUGUUCAUGAUUUCCAAAAAGAAUUUCAAAUUUCGAUUCGUCUGACCACAAAAUAGUUUUCCACUUUGCCUCAGUCCAUUUUAAAUGAGCUUUGGCCCAGAGAAGACUGCAGUGUUUCUGGAUCAUGUUCACAUAUGGCUUCUUCUUUGCAUGAUAGAGCUUUAACCAGCAUUUGUGGAUGGCACGGCGAACUGUGUUCACAGACAAUGAGUUCUGGAGGUGUUUCUGAGUCCAUGCAGUGAUGUCCAUUACAGAAUCAUGCCUGGUUUUAAUGCAGUGCCGCCUGAGGGCCUGAAGAUCACGGGCAUGCAAAAUUUAAUUUCCCCUUGUCCUUUGCACACAUAGAUUUCUCCAGAUUCUCUGAAACUUUUGAUGAUAUUAUGUACUGUUGAUGAGAUAUUCAUAGUCUUCAAAAUUUUACAUUGAGGAACAUUAUUCUGAAAUUGUUCCACAAAUUGUAGAUGCAGUUUUUUGCAGAUUGGUGAAUCUCUGCUCAUCUUUACUUCUGAAAUCUCUGCCUCUCUAAGAUACUCUUUUUAUACCCAGUCAUGUUACUGACCUGUUGCCAAUUAACCUCCAGCUGUUUCCUUUUUCGCAACACUUACUUGUCCAGCCUUUUGUUGCCCCGUCCCAACUUUUUUGAGACCUCUUACGUCCAUGAAAUUCAAAAUUACCUUAUUUUUUCUUAAAAUGGUACAUUUCCUCAGUUUAAACAUUUCGUAUGUUUUCUAUGUUCUAUUGUGAAUAACAUAUUGGUUUAUGAGAUUUGCAAAUCAUUGCAUUGUUUUUAUUUAUAUUUAUUUACAUUUUACACAAUGUCCCAACUUUUUUGGAAUUGGGGUUGUACAAAGUGGAUUGCUGUUGGGUGUAUUGACAGCUUUAAAUGCAGUAUAUAUACAAUAUUUUUACGUUAAUAAUAUACUUAAUCUAAUGUAUUACAGCCAAGAUAUAGAAAAGCUAUUUAUGUUUUUUUUUUGAAUUGUUAUACUAUCUACUGAUAUAGAAGGUUAGAAGCCUUAACAGUAAACAGUCUUACGAGUGUCAAAAGCUAUAUAUAAAAAAACUGUAAAUAAAUAUAUCUCAUAUAACAUUGCCCUUUUGAUCUUAUGAAGUGCUUCAAACUUAUGAGGGGACCAUCAAAGGUUAUGUGUAUUUCUUAAAUUAUUAAUUAACUAGAUAAAUAUUGUAUGGGAACAAGCAAGGGAUUGUUUGACCCAGUACUUUAAAUGGCCAAGUGGACCCAUGAAAUUUGAUAGUGUAAUAUAGAUAAUUUAAUAACAUUACAAGACAGUACAGUGGCAUGGUGACAGAGCCUCAAAGGUCCAGGGUCUCCAGUUAGAUCCUGAGCUUGGGUUACUGUGGGGUUUUGCUUGUUCUCCCUGUGUUUGCAUUCUGAAAGUUCUCUGGUUUCCUCCCCACUCCUAAAACAUGUUGGUAGUUGGUGAGUUGGUAUGGCCAUUCUAAAUUCCCCCUAGGUGUAACUGUAUAUGUAUAUAUAUAUAUAUGUAUGUAUAUGGUGCCCUGCUUAGGACUGGUGUCCCUUCCAGAGUGUAUUCCCGACCCAGCAGUCCUGGGAUUCGCUCUGGAUCCACCAUGUCCCUGACCAGGAUAAUGUGGUUACUGAAGAUGAGUAAACUGUCUCACUUUUGAUUUUAAAUAAACUAUUAAUUUCUAGGUGA